AUGUCACUUUUAAUAGCCAACUUACAUGAUGUUUUAGCCAUGCUUGCGAGUGAUCCAACUAAAGAAACUACUGCUUUGAAGCAACAAUUGGAUCUAAUUCAACCUAAUGAUGUUAUCGACAAAUCCGAAAUUUCAAUUAUAGAGAAUAUUUUCUUCAAUUAUGAUUCCGUAUUUAUGCCUUGGGUUUGGAAGGUUUGUGAAGGUAGUUGGAGCUUAAAGGAAUUUGUUUCUAAUCUG